AUGCCUGAGACCUUUUGCAAGAGCAGCCUCAUUUGGCUGUCCAUAUCUUGGGUCUUCUCCCGAGAUGACGUGAUCUCUCCCAUGUCCAGGAUCAUUCUUAAGGAGAUCAGUGGUAUCGAAGAAAUAUGCCCGGGUGCACUUCCUCUUGGUGAAACUGUUAAAAAGAUUGAUGCCAAGAGACAGAAGCUCAUUCGCACAUUGAUAGAUGGUCUAGAUGAUCUCCGCAAGAGCCUUUUAUGCGAACCAAUCUGUCUUCGCGACGAUUGUUAUUGUCCCAUCACGAUGCUUGGUAGCUUGAUUGGAAAACAACACAGACUGGGAAUUCUCGACACACCUCCUGUCGCUCCAUACAAUGGUCACAGCAUCUCGAGCUUCAUCGCAGAAAUAGUCAAGCCGAUGUUGACACAGAAUCAAAUGAGGCAUAUGACGACUUCCUCUGGCAUCUGCUCAUGCACCAUUAAAUGGCGACUGGAGGAUCUCUUUGAAAAAAUUGAGACAGACAUUUCAAACUACCGUUUGGAAUGA